AUGAAGCCGUCUCUGGCAAAAUCUGUCAGCAUCCGCCACUCACAGACCUCAGACGCCAACAUCUCAAAUGUCGGACGGUAUCCUUUUGCGAAGGAACAUCGACUGACCUCUAGGGAUGGCAACCAGAGCGCUCUUGCAGUGAAAAGCCUUCACGUGUACAACCCGAUUCCUCACUUGGGUCCUUCUGCAGUCUUCUUUGUCUCGUCGGUGGACUCGUUUUGCUAUUCAAUGGGGUACAAGUGUGAGAAUGCGGCGGCACAAUCGCUUUUCAGUGCGUGGGUCGACAUCUGCGAGAACGUCGGUAGCAUUGGAUCUGACGACACGUUGGCGAACGUGUUGUUAAGACUGCAUCGAAUUUUGUAA